AUGUCCUCCGGCGACAGCACCGGCCAUGUUGGCACUGAUCCAGCCGUCGAUGACCUCAAUGUGCCGUUCAACGCAGGCGACCAAGCCUUCAUCAUUGUGGCUUCGGCCAUGGUGUUACUCAUGAUCCCCGGAAUCGCCUUCCUCUACUCGGGCCUCGCUCGCCGAAAGUCAGCUCUCUCGCUCAUUUGGGUUGUUAUGAUGUCCUUCAGCGUCAUUGUUUUCCAAUGGUACUUCUGGGGGUACUCGCUCGCUCUCAGCAACACCGCAACAAACGGUUUCAUCGGGAACUUGGACAAGUUCGGGCUAAGGAAUACUCUGGGCGAGCCCAGUCCUGGGUCUCCUCUUAUCCCUGAGUUGCUUUACUCCUUCUACCAG